AUGGAGAAAUGUGUGCCAAUGGCCGCCGGAAAGAAUGAAGAUUUAAAGUAUGAGGUAAGCAACAACAACAACAGGAUCAAUGUUCAUAUUCCUGAUGAUAUUGCUUUCUCUAUUUUAUCAAAAUUACCUAUUAAAUCUUUGAAGCGUUUUGGAUGUGUACGUAAAUCAUGGUCUCUAUUAUUUGAAAAUCCCUAUUUCAUGAACAUGCUCCGCAACCAUUUCUUGUAUAAUAAUAACCGUCAUUGCUCCGAUUACGGUGGUGAUACGUUUCUCUUCCUAUAUGAGCCUUUACGCCCUCAUUACUACCGUGCCUCGUUCUAUUUGCUCUCCAAUGACAAAUUUGAGGAUAGGAUCAAAUUAGAUUUGCCACCUCCAUUUGACGGAGAUGAUAUUGCAAUGUAUAUUUUAAGUUCUGUUAGUGUUAAUGGCAUUUUCUGUCUUGGGAAAGAUACAAGGAGAGGAAUUGUGAAUUCCUUCCAAGCUGCAUUAUGGAACCCGGCUACCGCUGAAGUCAUGGGCAUUCCUCCCAGCCCUGAUGAAUCUGUACCACCUUAUAGGGAUCCUUUUUUUAUAUUUCACGGGUUUGGUUAUGACAAUGUUAAAGAUGACUAUAAACUUAUUCGUUAUAUAACAUUUUUUCAAGUAGUUGACGAAGAGGAAGAUGUGCCAUAUGAAGAUAGAUCGUAUGACCCCUUGUUGCAGAUAUACAGUCUUAGAAGUAACUCUUGGAGGAUACUCGAUGUCAAUAUGCCUGAUGGUUAUGAUAUCAGUAUGAUUACUUUUGAGAAACCUAUGGGAGUAUACAUGGAUGAAGUGUGUCAUUGGUGGGGUACAACUGAUUUUGGUAAUGGUGAAGGCUAUUUGGUACGAUUGGUGGUGUUAAAUGAAUCUAUUGCUUUUAUCUCAAACCGUUUCAAGGCUACUACUUAUCACAUUUCAAUUUUGGUUGAACUCGGUGUGAAGGAAUCGUGGAUCAAACUCUUUAUUGUUGGGCCCAUACCUUCCCUUGACUGGCCCAUUGCAGUUGGGCAGAAGGGUGGCAUUUGCUUCAGACAAACAAAUGAUGAACUAGUCUGGAUUGAUUUAAGCACCCAAAUAAUUGAUGAGAUUGGUGUUAAAGGGGAGAGAUACUGUUAUCAAAUGGGAAUUUACAAGGAAAGCCUUCUUCGUAUUGGAGGAAUUAAUGAUUAACUGUUUUUCAUGUUUUUUCUCAAGAGGAAGCCAUUUUGUGA